GGCGCCCCCCGGGGGCCUGUCCUGCACAUCGUGGUGGUUGGCUUUCAUCACAAGAAGGGCUGCCAGGUUGAAUUCUCUUACCCGCCCCUGAUUCCAGGAGAUGGACAUGACAGUCACACUUUACCUGAAGAAUGGAAGUAUUUGCCCUUCCUUGCCUUACCAGAUGGCGCACACAACUACCAGGAAGAUACUGUGUUUUUUCACUUGCCACCCAGAAAUGGAAAUGGAGCUACAGUCUAUGGCAUCUCUUGCUAUCGACAGAUUGAGGCCAAGGCAUUGAAAGUACGGCAAGCAGACGUCACCAGAGAGACCGUUCAGAAAAGUGUUUGUGUCCUAAGCAAGCUGCCUCUCUAUGGCUUACUUCAAGCAAAACUUCAACUCAUUACACAUGCGUAUUUUGAAGAGAAGGAUUUUUCCCAAAUUUCCAUUCUAAAGGAGCUUUAUGAACACAUGAAUAGUUCCUUGGGAGGAACUUCUUUAGAAGGAUCCCAAGUAUAUCUUGGUCUGUCUCCUCGAGAUCUUGUGCUUCAUUUUCGACACAAGGUCUUAAUUCUGUUUAAACUAAUUCUUCUCGAAAAAAAGGUUCUCUUUUAUAUUUCUCCAGUGAAUAAAUUGGUGGGUGCCCUGAUGACUGUGUUAUCCCUUUUUCCAGGCAUGAUCGAACAUGGUCUCAGUGACUGUUCCCAGUACAGACCCCGAAAGAGUAUGUCUGAAGAUGCUGGACUUCAUGAAAGUAAUCCCCCUGCAGAUGAUUUUGCUUCUGUGUCUGCUCCUAACAUUUCAAACACCAACUCGGAAACUGUCAAGAAAUUUAUGACACGAAACCACGGAGGAGAUGUGGCCAUCAAGACUGAAGAACCUUUGUUCCAAGUAGAAGCUGACAGCAGCAAAGGACAGGAACUCAGUGAUACCAAUCAAUAUUUGAAACCUCCUUCUCGUCCAUCUCCAGAGUCUUCAGAAAGUGACUGGGAGACCUUGGAUCCUAGUAUCUUAGAGGACCCCACCUUGAAGGAAACGGAACAAGUGGGGUCAGAACAGACAAACUCUUUUCCAAAGGAGUCAGUGCCCUCAGACAGCCCUCCGAUUACUGUACAGCCUCAAGCUAAUACGGGCCAGGUGGUCCUCAUACCAGGGCUGAUUUCCGGUUUGGAAGAGGACCAGUAUGGCAUGCCUCUAGCCAUCUUCACAAAGGGAUAUCUGUGUUUGCCUUAUAUGGCACUGCAGCAGCAUCAUCUUCUCUCUGAUGUCACCGUUCGGGGAUUUGUUGCUGGAGCUACUAACAUCCUUUUUCGGCAACAGAAACACCUCAGUGAUGCCAUUGUGGAAGUAGAAGAAGCCCUGAUCCAGAUUCAUGACCCAGAACUCAGGAAGCUGCUUCACCCCACCACUGCAGACCUCAGGUUCGCAGAUUAUCUGGUGAAGCACGUGACUGAGAACCGCGAUGACGUCUUCCUGGAUGGCACGGGUUGGGAGGGAGGUGACGAGUGGAUCCGAGCCCAGUUUGCAGUCUACAUCCACGCGCUGCUGGCUGCCACGCUGCAGCUAGAUAACGAGAAGAUGUUAUCGGACUAUGGGACGACCUUUGUUACAGCGUGGAAGAGCACUCACAACUACAGGGUCUGGAACAGCAACAAGCAUCCGGCACUUGCAGAAAUAAAUCCCAACCAUCCUUUUCAAGGCCAGUACUCAGUGUCCGACGUGAAGUUAAGGUUCUCACAUUCCGUUCAAAACAGUGAACGUGGCAAAAAACUUGGAAACGUCAUGGUCACAACCAGCCGGAAUGUUGUACAAACAGGAAAAGCUGUUGGCCAGUCCGUCGGAGGAGCUCUUUCCAGCGCAAGGACAGCAAUGUCUUCGUGGCUUUCCACUUUCACCACUCCCGGCCCGCAGAGUCUCACUGAGCCACCCGAUGGGAAGCCCUGAGCAAGGUGUCCAGGGGCCACCGUUGCGCUCUUCGGUUUAAGUGUUCCCUGUCUGUCUGCUGCUCCCAGACUGUUCCUCUUCGUUGGCCAGGCCCACAGCAGGGGACCGAUAUGUCGAACUGUUUACAUGGACAAUUGCCCUCUGUCUAAAUGAAUGUCACAGGAUGCUGGAAAGAUGAAAUCACAACCAUAGCAGGGAUGGCCUCCCAGGUUGGGGUUUGAAUUGACUACUUUUAUUUCAGUCUGAGCCUGAUUAAAACACGCAGUGUACCUUCUAAUAAUUUUUGAAUUCUGAUAGUAUACAUCUGUUUACUUUAGAAAAGUUUUUACUUAUGUAAAUUUUGUUCUGUUUAGCUGUUCGAAUAUCUAGAUGAUCACUGAAAUUUAUUUGUGCUAAAAUUAAGUUAUAUUACUAUUUUAGUUUCUCUAAAGUUGGCCCUAAAAUGUGCUUAUAAAGUUAAGGGGCCAUCCGAUCCAACCUUUUGUUAUUAUUUUGCUGAGUUAUAUGAUGAUUUUUGUUUGCUGGUUUUCUACCUGCAAAACUAUCAAUUCACUUCCUCCCAGAAAUGUGGAAGUCAUGGGUGGUAGUUCUGAGGAUAGAGUGUUUCGUCUCAUGUUUAAUUUAUUCUUUCCCAAUCCUAAGCGCUUGUUUUGAGGCAUCGAAGGACACCGUCGUGCUUUUUCUUCCUCUUCCUAACUGUUCAAAUAGGUUUGCAGAGAAAUGGCAUAGUGGCGGUUGUAGCGAUGUUGGAGCAGUUCACACGAGCACAUGUUUAGGGCAGACUUUAAAAGACCUUGGUUUUCUGUCAACUCUAGUCCUAUUGCAGUCUUUUACAAGCAUUUUUUAACCCACAGUUUGUGCCUUCUAUUUCUUCUUUUGAACAGUUUUCCAUUGGGUGUUUACAGACCUUACAGGUUUUUUCUUAGUCUAAUUCUUCAUAAAACUUUUCAAGGCGCCUGGGUUUCCUACUUCCCUGACUGAAAAUCCUCCUGUAAUCAAUCCCUUCUAAAAGUAUUUUUUAAAGAAAAGCAAGAUGAUCUGUAAAUAUUAAAUAGAAAUUUCAUCUUAGGUCACAUUUAGAAAAGCAAGAGGCAGAAGAAAACUACAGCCAUGACAUCAGUCAGGUUUCAUAAAGGACAUCUGGUUUCAUUUUAGACACACGCACAUGUGUGCAAUCUACUGGAGAUUUUUAUACAGCUGGACCUCAUGUAUCUGCCAUGCUCAGCUCUCAUUUGCUUUUCAUGGGGACAUUAGAUGGGCAUUCUCAGGGAGUACUUACAGGGUAAGACUGCUUCAGUAACAAAAGAUAGUCGGAAAGUACAUAGUGAGUAUAAUCUGCACAAGACAUAAAGAGUAUUGGGAAAGUAAGGGCCCUAAUUAAGGAUGACACUUGAUUAGAUUUGAUUUAUCCCUUAAGAAAUGUUUAUGGAAAGUAAAUCCUUCUAGGGUAUGUGAAAUGGUCAGAGGAACAUAAUCUAAAUCUCCCUAAAUUUUCUAAUUUGUGUCUUAACACGAGUCCAGCAAAUCUAAAAACAUACUUCCAUUUGAGCAUAAUAACGCAAGAAUUCAGUGAUGAUAAACUAAAGGGCUUAUUGUGAGAACUCCAUUCAUCCCACUUCUGCUAGGAAAGUGAACCUUCUCAGGAACUAUUUCUCGAGGAGCAGUCAUGCCAGGCACUCUGCGAGUAAAGAACUCAUUCUAACACAUUACUGUUUCAUGAGGCCACAUCGCUAGCUGGAGUGAUGGUGCAUCGGCGAGCAGGCGUCACCCCUCAGUGCCAGAAGUGCACGGGCUGAGAGCCCCGUGAGAGGCGGGCCAGCCGUCGGGGCUGCGCUGGGCGAGCUCGCCUCUCGCCAUCCCCCAGCUGCCCAGGCUGCACUGGGAGUCUCGCUCGAGUAAAAGUGGUUACACGACAUCUCACUCUGCUCUAGGACCGCUUGUCCCCAUGUUAACAGAAACCUUAACUGAACUUUCUAGUAGAGCUUCCAAUUAAGAGUUCAACUCUUAAAGCAGUCAGUUAACUGGCUUUCAACACAGAAUGAAUAUUUCAGAAGAUAGCACUUUUGUCAUAGAAAAGGUCAGAAGACUGUAACUUUCCUUCAGGUUCUGGGAGGCACAGGAGUUCUCAGGGCGGAGGCUGCGACGCUGCUGGCAGGGGCCCCUGGCAGCCAGCUGUUGAGGGCAGGAAGCCUGGCCCCUCGUCCUGUGAGCCCGUGUGCUUCGGGCUUGGGGUCCAGCCCUUCGGUCACUGGUGAGUUGUAGGAGCCAACAGUGGGCCAUCUUCGGCCUUGUUGCCGGCAAAGGUGUGUUUUGGUUGGCCAUGCUCACUCUAGUGCUUUUGCAUCUAAGCAUUGUGUAUUUGUAAGUAGGUCUGAGGGAGCGAGGGUCAGCCAGGCCUUUUCAAGGUGUGGCAGCCACACAGCCUGCAUCUAUAGCCCGCUGGUGGUCUCACUGUUUGUCUAGGUGACUUAAAAAUAGUGUUUAGGAAAAGCCCCUGGCAUACUUUACUUCCUACUAGGCGCUGUAAUGACAAUGGCAUAGGUGAGGAAAAGAGUUAAAGCUGUGUUCUGGACCAGGUGACUAGAAGAAGUUGCAGGUUAGAGUCAUUUUGCAGAUGCAUUUGGUUCAUUUAACCAGUAUGACUAGUAUAUUUCCAAACCCAUUAGUGAUUUGAGUCCCCCAGCCUUAAAACAGUUCCCAUCUACUUUUGCUUUAAGAAACAUAGCAAUCCCCUUGAGCAGCGAGCCAGAGCGUAUGACGUGAUUUCCUCGCCCUUACCUUGCUGUCUGUUCUCUACUAAACGUUGGAAUUUUUGUGGAAUAACUGAGUUUGGAAAGGGAAGGAGAAAGCAAGUUAGGAAAGCAGAGAAGUGAGAAGUUGUCGCGAGGCUGAGGAGCAAGGUACUUAAAAACCUGAAUGAAAGUAUUUUGAGAGCAGUAUUUAAUAUGCUAAAGGUAGGAAGAAUUUCUUUACAAAGAAGUUAGAAUUUUAUUCUGCUAGUUAGUUACAAGUUUAAAAUGAAGGUAAAACGCCCUCUUCCUGGCAGGCAGGUUUUGUUUUUAUUUUGUCUUUUGUGGAAGUGACAGCCAGCGGUCCUUUCCCUCCAGGCCUGGCGAUGAGUUUGGGGGUGCUCAGCCCUGUAAGGGGCCAGUAAGUAGACCGAUCCCCAGCCACAUGAACUUGUAUCUGCUUCAGCAGUUUGGGAAAGUAGCCUGUUAGAAUGGUAGCUGCUGAACGUUGCCUGUUAUUUUGGGGGGAUUUGGUCGAGACUCCUGAAAUGUCAUCGACGUUUGCAUGCUCUGAUUCCUUGGCCGGAGGUGGCACAGUAGUCAUGGCCUUUCCACCCGGUUCUGUGGUGGCCUUUCAAAAUGACAGGGAACGCAGCUCUGGUUUCUAGAAGAUGGUCGUCAUUCCAUGGAGUACAAUGUGCCAUUAGGAGUUUUCUCAUUCCAAGGCUUUGGACUUCAUAACAUUGGGAUUGUUUUUGUCAUAAUUUCCAACAUUCCAUAAAUAUUUGUCAAGGACAAAGGAAAGGAAUGUGGACCUUUAUUCUUUUCAUAUAAAUAACUUUGUACACGUGACUUCCUGCUUUCACAUGAAGAGGAAGAAUCUAGCUCCCUCGUAUCCUAACUCUGACAUUAUAAGAUUGUGCACGUAUAAGGGGUUGAAUAUAUUUUGUAAAACUCUAAUGCAUUUGUAUUUCUGUGCUGUCCUAAAGUUUACCUUUUUACUUAAUUAAAGAUAUAGAAACUAUAUAUUUAAAUCAUGUAAAUGGGACACAAUUUAGGGGUUUUUCCGAUCUUAUUUUCCAUCAGCUUCUCACACACACACAUAGUAUGCUGCUCAAAUUUGUGUGCAAUAUAAACAUUUGAACAUUUCAGUCAGGUACUGAGCCAGAAAAAGUAAUUGAAGUUUUUAGAAAGCUUCUGUGCUUAGAAAAUACUUGAUUUUCUUGAAACAUUAAUAAUUUAUAACGGGAAAGAUAGGAUCAAGACUUAUGUUUCAGGACACUUGUUCAUUGGUUCCUAAAUUUAGGAAGCAUUUGAUUAACAAGUUGGUAAAAGAAUUUAGUGGUUACAAAAAUAGUUUAAAUAUUUGAGAUAAAAGGCUUUCCGCGAACCCUUUCUCGGGAAGUUUAGCUUAGAAAUAUUAGAAGUUUUCUAAGGAAGUUUAUCUGUGGCACAUGUUUUGAUCAGAAAGGUAAUUUCUCUUUGCUCUGGUAGUUUUAUGAUUUGUACUAGUUGUUUCUGUUGUCAUUUGUUUAAAAAGAAUGUGAAAUGGAUAAAUCACGUCUAAUCGAACUGAAUUGUAAAACUUCUGUAACUUUAUUUUAAAGAAAAAUGAGAAUAAAAUGAUCCCGCGCACA